GGAGGAGGAGAGAAUAGGGCGAAAGGAGAAGGGGUAAGUGGUGGAGAUAACGGGGAGAGUUAAAAAGGAAGAGAGAAGGGGGAAGAAAGGAAGGGAGGGGAGGUAAGAGAAGAGGCGGAGGAGGGGUUGGGAAGUGGGAGGAGCAAGGAGGGGGAGGGGAGGAGGGGAGCAGGGAGGGAAUAAGGAGGGCUUCCACAAGGAAGGGGAGGAGGGAGGAGGGAGAGGGAGUAGGGAAGGGUGAGGGAAAGGAGAAAGAGGGGUUGGGGAGGAGGAAGUGGGGGGAAGGAGGAGGGGGAGUGGGAGAACGAGAAGGGGGUUGGGAGGGAGGAGGGGGAGGGAGGAGCAGAAAGCCCCUCCUCCAGCCCCGGCCACGGAGUUGCGCAACCCGCCCGGACUGGGAUUGGUCGUAGGCGAAUCAAGAGGCCCCGCCCCCACGGCCCAGCGGCCAAUGGCCGGAGGGGGGCGUGGCGGCGCGGCCUGGAUCCCAGCGCGCGCCCUGUGCGCCCUCGGAGCCGCCGCCGCGCUCGCAGCUCGCAGCUCGCCCCUCGCAGCCCGCGCCGCUGUCGCCGCUGCCACCACCGCCGCCCGCCCUCCGCGCGUCCCCGCCGCGCUCCUUUCCCUGCGGCCGGCCCGGGGAGCGCUCGGUCGCUCCGGGCAGAGUGUCCCUGCUGCGGCCCUGCGGCGAUGGCCACCAAGAUCGACAAAGAGGCUUGCCGGGCGGCGUACAACCUGGUGCGCGACGACUGCUCGGCCGUCAUCUGGGUGACUUUUAAAUAUGACGGCUCCACCAUCGUCCCCGGCGAGCAGGGAGCACAGUAUCAGGACUUCAUCCAACAGUGCACAGAUGACGUCCGAUUGUUCGCCUUCGUGCGUUUCACCACCGGGGAUGCCAUGAGCAAGAGGUCCAAGUUUGCGCUCAUCACGUGGAUCGGUGAGAACGUCAGCGGGCUGCAGCGAGCCAAAACGGGCACGGACAAGACCCUGGUGAAGGAGGUGGUGCAGAAUUUUGCUAAAGAGUUUGUGAUCAGCGAUCGCAAGGAGCUGGAGGAAGAUUUCAUCAAGAGCGAGCUCAAGAAGGCGGGGGGAGCCAAUUACGACGCCCAGACGGAGUAACCCCAGCCCUUCCCCUGCCCCUUGCAAAGUCAUCUGCCUGCCCCCCGGGGGAGGGGACCGCGGCCUCAGCCACCAGCCCACCAGCCCGCCAGGGACAGGAGACGCAGUGAGAGGCACGCGCCUCCCUGUCUGCCGCCUGCCUCCCCUUCCCCGCUUCCCUCCCGAGCCCUGUUGCGCCCUAUCUCCCGAAGCUCGCCGAACAUGUUUCUUUUAUCUCCUCUUCCUUUCCCCGCUCUUUCUCGUUCUAAGGAAAAAUCAUUUUGAUCCCAAGGCCACGCACAUCAUCAGAUCUGAGGCUCCCCCUGCGGUGACCCCCCCUUUCCUGGCAUUCUCUUACACCGUAGCCCGCCUGGCUUCUCCACCACCACCUCGCGUGGCUUGGGGGCCGCGCCCGUCGGGGGGCCGUCUUGGGAGCACCCUCGUUCAUCCCAUGCGUCAGGCUCGGACCCCCCCAAAGCGUGCUCUGGGGGUCCCUCACCCCUGCAUUCAGAGUUGCCUAAGCUACCCAUGCCCGGCAGUGACACAUCGAAGCCUGACUCCGACCGAAGAGAAGAGAGAAAAUUUGCCUUAACAGUUGCCCAGCAGCGGCUCGUUCCUACCCUUUUGCUCGGAACCCCACUGCGCGGCACGGAGUGGGGACACGGGUCCGAGUCCAGCUGUGACCUGGCAUCUCUCAGGGUUCGCUUCAGGGGCUCCCAAGGUGAUGAGGACGCCAGGGAGGGAGGCCGGGGUGCCGAGUGGGGAUUCGGGCAGAACCCGAUUCCUCGCUUUCGGGGGGGCCCCCGCCGAGCCGCCGGUGGAACGGACCCCCGCCCGCAUGGCCCCAGAAAGUCAGUGGUGUUCAUCCCGGGUCCACACCACACGUCCAAACGCAGUUUUGUUUUCAAAGGAAGCUGAGAUUGGCUUGUUUCUUCAUGCGUCCCAUUCUUUUCCUUUUAUUCCUUGCUCAUUUCAUUUUGGGGGUAGGAAGUCUGUGCUGUAUUGGGGCUGUGAACAUCUGCCCUCAAACAGUUUACAGAAAUAAAUGUGGGUUUUUUUUGUUUUUCAAAAA